AUGCCAGAUAGUAGACACGAAAUGUCUCGGUCAGGGGCGAUGCGGGUGAGGCAGUUCGAGGAGGAGGGGAGGCCGGGGCUGCGGGGAGCGGGGGGCGAGGUGUAUGCGCCGGCGCAAAGCGGAACGCUAGAUCGUGCUGCACCGUCGAGCACAACCGCUAAACCCACGACUUGCUUCUAUAAGAACCGUCCGCAUGCGCACAAAUCGUACGGCAUUCCUGCGCCUGCGUCGGACGUCUCGAUGCCCGGCAAGAGAGAGACGGAAUGCGAAGAGGAUCUCGCCUCUCUCUCCCACGCUCGCAAUCCUUUCCUUUCUACCUGUUGCACUAUUACAAAAACCCGGUCCUUUAAGCCGCUACCUUACGUGAAUUGA